AUGCGUUCUAACUACUUUUUAUUAUUGGCAGCCACUGCCCUUGCUCAUGCAGCACCUCCAUUACAUUUUGUAAAGAGAUACGAGAACACCACCAUCCCAAGUACUGAAUUGUCUGCUACUACCACUGAAGCCUCCUCCUUGGCAGCCAUUCCAACCACCGAAGAAGAAGAAGAAGAAGACGAAACCAUUACCUCAACUGUCGUUCAAUACGUUACUUUGACUUUGUCUGAUACCACUGAAACUUCUGCCACUAACACUUUGACUACUACUUAUACUUCUAAAGCUCAAACCACCAGUGCAGAAGAAGAAGAAGAAGAUGAAACCAUCACUUCAACCCUUGUUCAAUAUGUUACCUUGACUUUGUCUGACUCUACUGCUACCUCAGCAACCAACACUUUGACUACUACUUUCACUUCUAAAGCUCAAACUACUACUGCUUCCACUAGUGAAGAAGAAGAAGAAGAAGAAGAUGAAACCAUUACCUCCACUGUUGUUCAAUACGUCACUUUGACUAUGUCUGAUACCACUGAAACUUCUGCCACUAACACCUUGACUACUACUAUCACUUCAGCCAAAUCUCAAUCCAGUGAAGAAGAAGAAGAAGGUACCACCACUUCUACUAUUACCAGUGUUGUUACAAUCACUGAUGCAAGUGGUGAUACUGAAGUUUUAACUGAAGUUUUUGGUUCUGCUACUCCAGAAGCUAAAGCUGCUGAUUACUGUACUCCAUCCACUGUCACUGUUACCGUUACAGCUGGUGCUGAAUCCAAGACUUCAUCCUCAGUUUCUGUCACUGAAUACACUACAGUUUCUACUUCUACUCAUACUACCCAAUUCCCAGUUACUGCAGAAUUCACCCUUGAUGAUAUCACCACUACUUUGACUACUUAUGUUGACAUUACCAGUACUGAAUAUCUUACUUUCACCUCCACUUCCACCAUUUAUGACGAUGAAUCAUCUACUGUUGCCCCAUCUCAUUACACUACAAAAUACAGCAACAGUACCAUCCCAAGCUACUCAGCCUCAGGUAGUUCUUACUACUCCUUAUACUAA